GGAGCGGGCGUCGGGCGGAAGGAAGGGUCCACGGGACUGGACUCCGACCGCCCCGCCCCGCACUCGCCGAGCCCAUGGCCCUCGCCGAGCCCAUGGCCCCCGCCGCGGGUCGCUGGGCGCCGGCCCUGUGGAGGGCGUGCAAUGGGCUGAUGGCCGCCUUCUUCGCGCUGGCGGCAGUGGUGCAGGUAAAUGAUCCCGAUGCAGGACUCUGGAUGGCUGUGUAUAUGAUUCCUGCCGGGCUGACCUUGCUCGUUGGACUUGAUCCUCUUGUCACAGGUAACUUGAUUUGGAAGAGUGUCUCUGCGAUACACAUCUUCCUCUGCACGGCGUGGGCUGUCCGCUUGACACACUACCUGGUGCUUCAUACGCAGUGGAACCUCCUCCAUGAGGAGGAAGGCAGGGAGCUGUUUGGCCUGGUGAUUAUCACAGCGUGGAUGAGCCUGUGCCACCAUUCAUCAAAGAACCCGGGGGGUGGAAGAAUCCGGCUGGCCGUGGCCACUGCCGUCGCCCUCCUCCCCGCCGCGGCCUGGGCCUACGUGUACAUUAACACAGAGCUGCGGUCCUCCUGGCCAGCCCACUGCAGGACAGUCAUUUGAAUGAAGAAUCCUGUUC